GGGGAGAGAAUGGAGUUAGAGUCGUUAAUCCUUGCUCUGCUCAUCUUUGUUUCUCUUUACUACAUUUUUCCAUUGUUGAACUUUAAUAUUAAGCCUAGUGUUAAGCGUGAACAGCCAGGGCUUGAGCUACCACCAGGAAGCACAGGUUGGCCGAUCAUCGGCGAAACGCUUGAGUAUCUAAGCACAGCCAAACAGGGUGUCCCUGAGAAGUUCAUAGCAGACAGGAGGAACAAGUACUCGUCCUCGUCACCAUGCAAGGUAUUCAGGACCUCUUUGCUAAGAGAAUCUAUGGUCGUGCUGUGCACUGCUGCCGGAAAUAAGUUUCUAUUUUCCAACGAGAACAAACUGGUCAAGUCUUGGUGGCCUGCAAACAUUGAGCAGAUCUUUGCCAACUCGGAGAAAACAGACACCACGCAGGAGACGAUUCGGUUGCGCAAAGUCUUGUCUCCAUUUCUCAAGCCAGAUGCUCUCCACAGGUACAUAGGGGUCAUGGACGAGGUAACCAGACAGCAUUUAGAAAUGUAUUGGUCAUCCUCGUCGUCCUCGUCGCUUGAUUAUGUAAAGGAAGAGGAUAAGAGAGUGAUCAUCAAAUUCCACCCAAUAGCCAAGAAGUACACCUUCACUUUAGCAUGUAAACUCUUCCUAAACAUUGAGGAUCCAGAGCUAGUUGCUAAACUAGAGGGGCCAAUCCAGCAUAUAUCUUCGGGUUUCAUUUCACUGCCAGUAGACUUGCCAGGCACAAAAUUCAACCGAGCUAUUAGAGCAUCCAAGGAAAUCAAGAAGGAAUUUGAAGAGAUGGUUAAGCAGAGGAGGAUAGAUCUCCAUCAUUUUUCGGAGACUACUAAUAGUAAUCAUCAUCAUCAAGAUCUGUUGUCAAGGUUGCUCAUGGAGACAUAUGGGGAUGGGAAAGAGCUGAUGAUGGAAUCAGACAUUGCCAACAAGCUGUAUGGUCUAAUAGUUGGUGCUUACGACAGUACUAGCACCACCCUGGUUUCGAUUAUCAUGUUCCUAUCGCAGCUUCCUCAUGUUUAUGAUGCCGUCCUUAAAGAGCAAAUGGAUAUUGCAGUAUCAAAACCAGAAGGGGAGUUGCUCAACUGGGAUGACUUGCAGAAGAUGAAAUAUUCAUGGAGCGUGGCGUGUGAAGCGUUGAGAUUGUUGCCACCACUUCUCGGAACUUUUAGAGAGGCCAUUACCGAUUUUACGUACGAAGGAUACAUUAUUCCAAAAGGAAUGAAGUUACACUGGAAUAUGUUUGCCACACAUAAAAACCCGGAAUACUUCCCGGAUCCAGAGAAGUUCGACCCGUCAAGGUUCCAAGGACAAGGACCAGCUCCUUAUUCAUACGUUCCUUUUGGAGGAGGACCUCGAAUGUGUCCGGGGAAAGAGUAUGCUCGGUUUAAGAUAUUGGUUUUCAUGCAUAAUGUUGUCACUAGGUUUAAAUGGGAGAUGGUUUUUCCAGAUGAGAAGAUAAUUAUGGACCCUGUUCUUGCUCCUACUAAGGGACUCACCAUUCGCCUUUUUCCUCAUCAAUCCUCAUGAACAUUAAUCAGAGCGAGAGUGUUGGCAUCUCAGUAACAUGUCUGCUAUAUAUAUAUAUAUGGAGCUGCAUCACCUGCGUGCAUGUUGAGCAACUCCUCCCCGAUGCAGCAGUCCUAGAAAUCAACAAGCAGACCAUGUUCAUCUUUAGUUUCUCUAUAUCUGCUACGAGCUUCUUUUGCUUGUCUCUUCUUUAAUUUUGUUCUGCAUGGUCAUUUCCUGAACUUCAUGUACUUAAUAAGUUGCUAAUUAUCCAUUUGUCCUGGUACAGUGGCACG